AUGAACUCGAUAGUUUUUAUAACUGUGCUAGCUAGUCUGUGCCAAGCCCUAGCUGAAGACACUGAAGGCGCUCACACAAGAGUACCACGUACUUUAUUGUUGAAGAAGAAGCUUUGUUUCAUACUAGGGGUUUGCGGAGGCGGAGGCGGGCACUAUGGCGGAAGCGGGCAUUACAACGGAGGUCAUGGAUAUCAGAACCAAGGAUAUCCACCGAUAAACAUCGGCAUCAGUCAAUCUCAAUCAUCAGCUAAUGCUGGCGGUGGUGGUUUAGGAGCUGGUUAUUACCCUAACAACUACCAAUACAACGGUGGUUAUCCUGGUUACAAUUCUUAUGGGAGACCAGGUUACUUUGGUAAUGGAUACGGAGGUAUUAAUAACCAGUUUAACGGUAACUAUAACGGUGGUAAUAGGAACCCUGGUUAUGGUUACCGAGGACCUUUUGGUAGUUAUUACGAUGAAGGUGAUAGUAAACCAAUAUAUGAAGACACCAAUGAGGAUGGUCCAAUUUAUGAUGGUUAUGACCGUGAAGAUAGAAGUGAAGCUUAUAGGAAUAAUCAAUAG